CUGAUAAGGUGCGCACAAAAUAAACAUUCAUUUCACAGGAGAAAGAAUGAGCAGAUAUUUGUUCACAGAUUAGCAGUAACAACAACAAAAGCCGAUGUUGUAUUGUUUGAUGACUCAUUGAAAAUCAUAAUUGUUUUUUUUGGUUCCUUUACAGGUAUGGUACAAAUUCGAAAUUGGAAAGCUUUGUCGUUUGAGCAAAUAACUGAUAAUCUGGAUGAUACUGUUGAAACACUAUUGAAAGAUAUCAGCAACAAUGUAACGCUGAAAAUCUUAACCAAGCAGUAA